GUCAGCGCCUGCGCUCUGCGCGGACGAGGGCGCGCAGUUUGAAUUGGUCGUGCGCGGGGGCUCCCUUGCAAGCAGUUCCCAGUUCUGGGACUUCGCAACGCUGCAUGACCUGGGCACAUACACAUACGUGUUUAUAGAUCUAGAUUGCACUUCCUCAAGGAAGCAUAAAGGAUGGCUGGGGCAGAGCUGGAAGAUUUGUGCUCUCAUAUCAAUGAAAAACUUUCCCACGUUAAGAAAAUUCUGCAAUUAAAAAACAUAGGACAUGAUCCAGCCUUAAAGACUGUAUUUUGGAAAAUUAGAAAUGAAAUGACUCUUCUAAAUGACCUUUUAAACAAGUUGGAGUUGGAGGUUCAAUAUCAAGAACAUGUCAGGAAUUCACUUAGGGAGUUACAAGAAUCCCUUGAUGGAAAUUACAAAGAAUUACAUAACCUUAAGGAAAAUAUUCCUCCUCAUUUGCCUAAAGUAGUCCAGAGAUGUGUGGUGGAACCAAAUGUUAAUCCUGAAGAGCAAGUUAAAAUUACAGCAUCUGAACACCCAAAGAAACCCUCCAAAGAGCAAAAACCAAUUAAAGAAAUUUUACUGGUAACUUCUGAUGAAUUCGAUAAUGUGCCUGCGUAUAUGAAGUCUCGUCUGACAUACUGUCAAAUUAAUGAUUUUAUUAAAGAAAUCAACAAGGCAGUGGCUAGCAAAUAUAGAAUCCUAAAUUUGCCCAAAAAAACUAUGAAUUCUUCUAUCAGAAAUCUGUAUCACAGAUUCAUUGAAGAUGAAACCAAGGAUACCAAAGGCCAAUACUUUGUAGUAGAAGCUGAUAUAAAAGAAUUCACAAAUUUGAAAGUUGACAAGCGGUUUCAUGUGCUGCUGAACAUUUUAAGGCACUGCCGACGGCUGUCAGAAGUCCGUGGAGGAGGACUUGUCCGUUAUGUUAUAAACUGAUGGGUUUUGGCAUUUUCACUGACAGUAUCAUAUAGACUGUUUUGUAAUUCCCUUCAUAGUCUUGUGUUUUCAUUAGCUUCUUUAAUUUGUUCUGCACUUAAUAAAACUUUAGUUUGUUCUGCACUUAAUAAAAUUUGUUCCGCACUUAAU